AUGAAUUUAGCAAUUGAAUCAACGUUGAUUAUUUAUUAUUUCAUUUCAUUGCAUUUCAGCUCAGUUCAAUUAAGUUCAGUUUCUAAAUGUAAACCAAAAGUAGAAUGGUCAUCGACAUUAUUGGAACAUCCAGCACAGCUAUUCUUCUCAUUGAAAAGUCUGAAAGGAUUGAAAACCAAUGAGGAAUCUAUUAAAAUAUAUUGUUUAGCAUCAUUGGAGAAACAAACCAUUCAAACUACAACUCUCACCAUAAACAAAAAUACAGAUCAUAUCGAAUGGAAUGAAGGUUAUACAUUUGAUGUUAUAUCACCUUCAUCAGAGUUAUUAUUAUCAAUAUGGCAAACAAGUGUAAAUAACAACAGUAACAGUAACAACAACAGUAAUAAUGGUAAUGAAAAUGAUAAUACAGACGAUCCAAUGUCAAUCGAUAGAAACAGUUUACCAAGAUCUAAUUUCAUUUUUAAUUAUCAACAUUCUGGUAAACUUGUUGGUCGUCUCUCCAUCCCAUUCUCAAUGUUUCAAACACAGUUUAUCGAUCAAUGGUUCCCUCUUACCGUUGGACAAACCAACUGUUCACUACAUCUAAAACUAAGUUUUACCAAUUCAAAUAAUGAUUGGAAAAGGUGGAUUUGGACACGUCAAUCUGGUGCGAAAGAUCGACACUGGCCGGCUGUACGCAAUGAAAGUGGUGAAGAAAGAGAAAUGUUUGGAUUUGAAUGCGGUUCAACAUACUUUUACAGAGAGGAAGCUGCUGAAGAAGUACUACCAUCCGUUCAUCGUCGGUCUGAAGUACUCGUUCCAGACACAGGACAGUCUGUGUAUGGUUCUCGAUUAUAUCGGGGGUGGCGAACUCUUCUAUCACAUCAACGAGCGUGA